AUGAGGCCACGUGUUGAUGGCUCGUUGCUGGUGCCCAAGGAGUUGGUGGAUCAGUACAAGGACCCCAACACCAAAGAAAAGGUCAUUGCGGAGUUCAUCGGUUGUGGUGGCGUGAAGGAGAAGUUUGUGGAGAAGACCCUCAAACGAAUCCGUCGCCGAGAAACUGAAAAGGAGCUUUGGGUUGAGGGCGAGUUCGUGACGGAGCAGGAGAUGGCUGAAGAACUCCAUCUGAGCCCUCCAAGGAUUGCGGCGAUAAAGGAGGAGUGCCAGAAGCAUAAAGGCCACGUCAGGCCCAUCAGCACUAAUAGCAGCGAGAGUGAUAGAGUGAGCCUCAUGACAUAUAUCCCUAUAGUAAGCCCUAUAUAA